AUGUCCACAGUUCAACGAUUUAUCCAAUGCAACCAAUUUGCUGUUGUUGGUGCUAGUCCUUCCAGGUCCAAAUUCGGUAACCGUAUUUUGCGAUGGUAUCAAUCUAAUCAUCUUCCUGUGAUUCCUGUUAAUCCCAAAGAGAACUCUAUAGAAACAUUGGACACAAUUGCUUCAAUCGAUGAACUAGCAGACCCCAAACACACCGGUCUUUCUAUUAUUACCCCUCCAAAAGUUACUCUCGAGAUACUUAAGAAGGCAAAGGCUCUCGGUAUUGAGAAUAUCUGGAUCCAACCAGGUGCAGAAGAUGCUGAAGUGCUCAACUAUUGCUCCCAAGCAAACUUGGAUGUGAUUGCAGGUGGACCUUGUCUUCUUGUUCAAGGCCCUGCUCUCUUACCUCAACGUAGCCGUCUCUAA